GGCUGAAGGACACCGUAAAGCGCAGCUCCUAAGCGGCUUUAAUUGGCUAAUUUGGCCCGGUGGCCUUUUUGCAGGCUGCAGGUAAACUUCUACAGGAGCUGUGAACUAGCCCCAGAUAUUUAUCGCUGUCCGGGUGGUCCUCAUAGUGUUUAACAGAGAAAAUGCGGGGUUUCUUAUGAACAUCUAAUGAUUUGAAGAUUUUAUUUGGAGCGUCUUUGGUCAAACUUAGACUGUUUUUAUUGAGACUUUUUCUCCAUAGACAAUGAUCUUUGCCCAAGGACGCGACUUUAUCUCAUAUUUUAGAUUUAGUUAUAUAUUAACUUUGUAAAUACCUGAAUAUUCUGACUCUUCUAUUUUACGCGGAGGAUUCUUGCGUAAAGUGCGCACCGGAGCGCGCUGGAGCUCCUCGGUAAAACCUGCUAGUCUGUGGUCGGUUCUCUGUGACAUCAAAUGAGACGACAAAGCGGGAGCCAGAGUCUGGCCAAGCCUUCAUGAGAGUCCGCUGGCCGCGCUGCUGUGCCUCGGACCGGUACGGACCGACGGUGGAGCCGCGGCGGAGAUGGCUGCCAACCUGAGCGCGGCGGCGGCGGCGGCGGCUGGGGAAGCGGUGGCGGAGGGCGCGACGGGGUACAACCUGCUGGCACUGCUGUUCGGGGUGCUACUUAUUGUGGUGAUCAUCUGCGGGAAUAUGCUGGUCUGUCUGAGCGUCUUCACCGAGAAGGCGCUGAAAACCACCACCAACUACUUCAUCGUCAGUCUCGCGGUGGCGGAUCUGAUGCUCGCGGUGCUCGUUCUGCCGCUCUUCGUCUACUCAGAGUUCCAUGAUGGUGUGUGGACCCUCAGCACCACCCUCUGUGAUGGCUUGAUGACCAUGGACGUGAUGCUGUGCACUGCCUCCAUCUUCAACCUCUGCGCCAUCAGCAUCGACAGGUUCAUCGCCGUGUUGAUCCCUCUCAACUACAACAGGAAACACGUGGACCUGCGGCAGACGGUGCUGCUUUCAGCCACAUGGAUCCUGGCAUUGGCCGUGGCCUCGCCCGUCAUUUUUGGAAUCAACAAUGUGCCGGGGCGUGACCCCAGUGAGUGUAAACUGGAGAACAACGACUAUGUUGUUUACUCGUCCGUGUGCUCCUUCUUCAUUCCCUGUCCCAUCAUGCUGCUGUUGUACUGCGGCAUGUUCCGUGGCCUGCGACGCUGGGAGGAGGCGCGCAAGGCCAAGCUGAAGAACAGCAUCCAGGCCUGCCGCAAGCUGCAGGAAGCCGCUGCCUCCCUGCCUCCACUGGCCUCCCUGCCACCGCCGUUGCCACCCAUCAUAGAGCGGGAAGCGACGGACUCUCCAGAUGAGCCGUCCACCGUCCGAUCCCCCGACCAACCCUUUCAAUCAUCGGACUACAAGAACUGCCCAGUGCCAACAGUGAGCUUUGCUGAGAUCAAGUUCAAUCCUGAGCCUCGCAGACGGAAGAGAGCCAAAAUCAACAGCCGGGAGAGGAAGGCUAUGAAGGUGCUUCCUGUGGUUGUGGGUGCCUUCCUCUUUUGCUGGACUCCCUUCUUUGUCCUCCACACAAUGCGAGCUCGCUGUCAGGACUGCCACGUUCCUCCUGCCCUGAUGAGCAUAGUUACGUGGCUGGGCUACGUCAACAGCGCUCUCAACCCCGUCAUCUACACCGUCUUCAACACCGAGUUCAGGAACUUCUUCAAAAAGUUCCUGCACCGCUGCUGCCACUAGAGCACCCCGGAGACGCCGCUGCUGCUUGGACGAUUUUUAAACGCACAAAUGCUGCAAGGCACGCCUGAUUGUCGACUGGCCAUCUUUAGUCCGUGUACAACGCCAUGGUUUCCUUCCUCUGUGAGGUUUUUUAUUUUUCUACAUUUAACGACAGCAAAGUUUGUUUGAGCUUCAUGUUUCCUGGUAAAGACGCUUCAGUCUGAGGAACAAACAGUCCAGAGAACCUGCAACACCUCCACACCACACAGUUUUAUAUGUUGAAGUUCAUCUUUUCAGAAUAAAAGUUUUGAUUAAAAAUGCUGAUUGCAAUGUGUGUGUUUGUGGAGUGAUAAAAACAGUAACUGUUCAGCACUGUGUGAACUUGUUUGGUGAGUUGAAGUCCCACACUACAGCUUUGACGAUUUGUUGGCCUGUAGCUUACAAAUUUCAUUGAAUUGGCUAAAACAUGUAAUUACACACCUGUAAUUACUAGUGUAAAAUGAACGGACUGGAAUCCAUUCAUUAAGAAAGUCAUUAAACAGCAGAUUAAACACAUUUAACCAGGGCUGGUGACCUCAAUUUCUUUCGGUGUUCAG